AUCCCUAUAGGGGUGUCAGGAGGGCUGAGGGGGGCUCCCUGUCCCCUAUUGGGGUGUCAGGAGGGGCUUCUGUGGGGCUGGGGGGGCUCCUCUGACCCCCCUGUGGAGGUGUCAGGAGGGCUCGGGGGGUCCCCUAUCCCCUAUGGGGGCUGGGUGGGACGAUUCCCUCUCCGUAUGGGGUGGGGAGGAGGCCACCCCCCAUUCCCUGCAGGAAUUCCUCUCCCUGGGGAUUUUGGGGGGGCUGCACCCCCUAGGGAGAUAAAGGGGGGCUGUUCCCCUCCAUAAAGCGCGGGGGGGGGUGGAAUUUGGGCAUUUUAACCUUUUUCUCCCCAUUUUUAGACCUCACCAGAGACACCCACCCCCCAAAAAACAUGGCCGGGGGCUGGGGGACGCUGAGCCCUGAGACAGCAGAUGGACAGACGGACACAGCCACCGCCAUGGCCUGACACCCCCCCGCCCCACACCACGAGGGAGCUCUGAUGGGAGAGAAGCAGCGAUUUCACCCCCGAUUCCCAAGGGAUUCCCAGGCGGCUCUGGAAAAGUGGGGGGAGGGGGGAACCCCAGCGACCCCCCUCCCCCUGGAGCGAGCUGCAACCAGGAAUCUUUGGAUUCGGGGUGUUUCACCUUUAAAAACCCCUGAGGAAAAAAAAAAAACGGGGGACAUCGAACAGAAAGGGGGUUUGGGACGCUGGAGGAUUUAAUGUGAUAAAAUUAUUGGUCGCUCAAAGUCUCGCCCCGGAGUGAAGCCGAGGGCAGGGAAAAUCCCCAACUCUGCUUACUCAGCGCCUUGCCGCCGGCUUGUGCCUCGCCACCACGAAACGCCGGGUCCAUGGCGUGGGAGUGAGUGCUGAAGGAUGCUGAAGAAGAGCAGCUUGGUGUUGUGGGGGGCGGCGCUCUUCAUCGCCUGGAACGGCCUCCUCCUCCUCUUCCUCUGGAGCCGCCCGGCCUCCCCCGGCGAAGGCGACCGACUGACGGCAGAAGUGAUUCGGCAAGAUGCCGAAACCGAACUGGAACGGCAAAAAGAACUCCUGCGCCAAAUUCACCGCUACAGCGGGUUGUGGGGGGGGCGGCGACGCGGGGUUCAAAUCACCCCCAAACCUCCCCCCCCGCCGCCCUCCCCGGCGCCACCGCGACUCACCGAUCCCGCCAGCACGGUGUUACCGGUGUUGGUGAUGGCUUGCGACCGCAGCACCGUCCGUCGGUGUUUGGAUAAACUCUUACGUUACCGACCUUCGGCCCAACGUUUCCCCGUUAUCGUCAGCCAGGAUUGCGGUCACGCUGAAACGGCUCGUGUCAUUGCCUCCUACGGCGAUGCCGUGGCUCAUAUCCGACAACCCGAUCUCAGCGAUAUCCCGGUGCCGGCAGAACACCGUAAAUUCCAAGGUUAUUAUAAAAUCGCUCGGCAUUAUCGUUGGGCGUUGGGACAGGUUUUCCGGACUUUCCGUUACCGCGCUGCCAUCGUGGUAGAGGACGAUUUAGAAGUCGCUCCGGAUUUUUUUGAGUAUUUCCAAGCGGCAUUCCCGCUCCUCCUUGCCGAUCGCAGCCUCUGGUGCGUCUCCGCGUGGAACGACAACGGGAAAGAGCAAAUGGUGGAUGUUGGACAAGCCGAAUUGCUUUACCGGACUGAUUUUUUUCCUGGUCUUGGUUGGUUGCUUUUAGCCGAACUUUGGGAUGAACUUGAACCCAAAUGGCCGCGAGCUUUUUGGGACGAUUGGAUGCGUCAACCCGAACAACGCCGAGAUCGUUCCUGCGUCCGCCCCGAAGUCUCCCGUACGAUGACGUUCGGUCGUAAAGGAGUGAGCCACGGGCAAUUUUUCGAUCAAUAUUUAAAAUUUAUCAAACUUAACGACCGUUUCGUGCCUUUUACCCAACUGGAUCUUUCUUACCUCAAAAAGGAAGAGUACGAACGUUCUUUUCUCCCCAAGGUUUACGCCGCGCCGGAGGUGAGGGUGGAGGAGCUCCAAGGCAACCGGCGGCGGGAGCUCGGCGCUGUCCGCCUGCAGUACAGCGGCCGCGAUUCCUUCAAAGCCUUCGCCAAAGCCCUGGGGCUGAUGGACGACCUCAAAUCUGGCGUGCCCCGCGCCGGUUAUCGCGGCAUCGUCAGCUUCGUCUAUCGAGGACGUCGCGUUUAUCUCGCGCCUCCUUCGGACUGGACAGGUUACGAUCCCAGUUGGAGUUAGCGGGCGCCGUGGCUCUGCUUGUUGUGGGUUUGGUUUGGGUUUUUUUGGGGGGGGGUUGGUGGGUGUUUUCCUCCUUUUUCAUCAUUUUUUUUUGGCGUGUCUUUAGCGGGGAGGAUUUGGCGCGCAGCAGCGCACCGUUCACCCGCCGCUUCUCCGGUGCCGCCAUGGGGGAAAUUUGGGGCGAGGGCAGCUCCAAGCGGAGAAAUUAUUUUCCAGAAUAAAAGGAAAAAAAAAACAAACCCUAAAAAAAAAAAAGCAAAA